AUGUUGAUGUGGGAUCAUUUGGAAAGGAUUUCAACUCCACUAUUUUCAAAAAUUCAUCGUUUCGGACUUUAUUGGACAAUGAAUCACUACGUAUUCCCGAACCAUCUCAAUAACCGAAUACGAAUGAAACUGUUCUAUAUGUAUUUAUUGGUGAUGAAGCCUUGUUCAAUCAAAAAACGUACAACGACCCUGAGCAGAAAGAAAUUUAUCGGAAAAAAAAAUGUUUUAUCUACUGUUUGUCUCGUGCACGAAGUAGAAUGUGAUCUCCGAAUUUUAUCAGAUAAAUGGAGGAUUUUUCAUAGACCUUUAAACGUUACCAAGGAUUUGGCAGUUGAUAUUAAGAAAGCUUGUUGUGUUUUGCAUAAUUAUGUACUAGAAAAAAAUGGAUAUGUUUUUCAAGACACUCUAACUAUUGAUGGGUUCAAUGAAAUUGAAAGACCAAGUAAUAUCAACCGUGGCACUAGAUUCGUAAGUGAUAUAAGAAAUACAUUUGCAGAUAUACCAUAG